AUGCAGCAGCUGCAGCAGCUGCAGGUACAGCUGCAGCGCCAGCGCCAGGCGCAGAUGCCCCGCGCCGGUCGCGGCGCCACGGCCGCGGGCUCUGCAGGGUCCGCCGCCGCGGCCGCCGGUGGCGGCGACGACGCGGCGCACGGCGGGGGCGAGCAGCUGCAGGGCGAGCCGCUGAGCCGCGGGGCGAGUGCCAGCUCCGGGCAGCUCGCCUCCCUGCAGCAGCAGCAGCAGCAGCAGCAGCAGCUGCCGUGGCAGCCGAGCCCGCUGCUGCAGCCGGCUCAGGCGCAGCCGCUGCAGCCGCCACCGUCGCCGCGCCGCAGCCUGCAGGACGGCGCGUGA